UAUUCUGACAAUCCAUUUAAUGAGUUUGUACUCGACUUGUACUACAAAUUAAAUUGUUUUAAAUCAUGAGAAAAACGGUGAAGGAAUUAACUAUGCAUAUGUUAAUGCUAGCGGCGUUGACUUUUCUUAGUUUAGCUAAGCUCGGAAUGGCAUAUUUGGAGUAUGACGGUUCUAUACAUAUCGAACUUUAUCAUGCCGUAAAUCCGGAGAUUCCUGAUAGUUUUACAUAUCGCGGAAAUAUAACCGUUUCAAAUGUUAAUUCAGGAAUAUCUAGUAUAAAUCAGAAGUCAUUGUUUACUGAUGAAAAAAAUGCAUCCAAGAAAUUUGUGUACAAAAAUGCUUUUUAUCGGCUUAGAGCUACGGUUGUUUAUAUGAGCGGUGCAAGGCGGACUUUUUUAACGGCAAAUAAAUUCUGCAGUUUAAUAAACAACCAGCUAAAUGACGAGUUUUGGAUAUCCAUCGAUGGCAGUGGUUAUGUCAACGCGAUAACAUAUAUGGUGCCGCAAAUGAAUGGCGUUGACGAUUGCCCAGAUUUUGAAUUAGAAUCAUUAAUAUUACAAGACUUUACCACAGAUGUUCUAAUUAAGCAUACUGAUCUCGCUCCGAUACCGGACACAGCAGGUUACAUCCAAAAACUAGAACGUGAGCGUGAAGCCAGACAACGGGGAGAAACGAAAGACACUAGAGGUUUCUUCGCCAAAUACUGGAUGUACAUUGUUCCAAUUGUAUUGCUGAUGUUCAUUUCAGGGGCAAGCAAUCCAGAACAAAACAAGUAAAACUAAGCUGGCUAAAAAAGAAAAUGUGUCUGAAAAGAAUUUUUGUGUUAGCAAGUUAGCA